UCAACAGGACAGAACAUUGGGGAAUUGGGGGCGCAACAGUAAUUAUAAUAGGAUAGGGGCCGACGAGACGGUCGCCGACAGCGUCCAAAGUUUUUCGCCAUCUUGGAGAUCUUCCAGCGAUGUUGAAGCGGAGGUCAGGGGCACGACAAACUCAAGUAGCGCGAGCAACUAAGACUUCUGGCCAACCAAAGAAGGAGCAAUCUUCACGGGCUUUUGGUACGGUAGAUCUAUCCCCGUUCCCUGCGAAAUGGUCUGCAUUCGGCAAACUGUUACUAGUUCUCCUGGUCACCACGUUGUUCCAUCUUGCGGGCAUCUACCUCUUUGGAAGCGGGUUCCUUCUUACGCGGCUCGAGCUAGAUACUCGCAAUAACUGCUCAACAUGGCGUCCGGAAGGGGUGCCCCCUAUUGAAGCGAACAUCACAGGUCAGGGGUGUUGGCAUGCGCCUCGGUACAACCGGGCAGUCCUCAUUAUUCUCGAUGCACUCCGUUUCGACUUCACGGUCUACAAUGAGACCCUAGCACAUCAAGCAUCGAAGAGCGGAGACAAUUCAUCGAUACCUUAUUAUAUUAAUAAAUUACCUAUUCUACAUCGAAUUCUGGAAACCGAACCUGAGCAUGGGCUGCUCUUCCGUGUGCGGGCUGAUCCCCCUACCACGACUCUACAGCGCUUGAAGGCUCUGACCACCGGUACCUUACCUACGUUUGUGGAUGCUGGUAGCAACUUUUUUGGGCAGGUUAUCGGGGAGGAUAACAUCAUAGAACAGUUCACUCGAACUGGCAGACGGGUGGUGUUUAUGGGAGAUGACACCUGGGACAAUAUGUAUCCGAAUGCUAUGAAUGAAAGCUAUCCUUAUCCCUCUUUGGAGGUUUGGGAUCUCCAUACUGUUGAUAAUGGUAUCCUCCAACACCUUCAACCCACGCUGCAACGAGAGCCGAAAGACUGGGAUUUGCUGAUCGCGCAUUUUCUUGGGGUUGAUCAUGCAGGUCAUCGAUAUGGCCCAGCACAUCCGGCAAUGGCUGAAAAGCUUACCCAAAUGAAUGCUGUUUUAACAAAUAUUUUUCAGGAGGUGGAUGAUGAGACAGUAGUUUUCGUGAUAGGUGAUCAUGGCAUGGAUGCUAAAGGAGAUCACGGCGGCGACAGCGAAAACGAAAUCAAUGCUGGACUGUUCAUGUACAGCAAGAGGCCACUUACGGAUGCAUCUGCUGCAGUGGAAUUGAACAGUUAUUUGCGCGAUCUCAACGCGACCGACUUCGGAUCUGAUGACCCCUUCGUGUUCCUCCAAGGCCAUCGAACAAUGCCUCAAAUCGACUUUGUGCCAACAAUUUCCAUGCUGCUGGGUAUCCCAAUCCCAUUUGGAAAUCUCGGCACCUUAAUUCCAGAAUGCUUUUUUGUGCCUACCCUGGACUUGAGCGGCAAAUCCAUGGAUUAUGGUCGAAAUCUUUUGGAAGCCAUGCGAAUAAAUGCCCAACAAGUUCACCAUUACAUUACGGAGUAUAGUCAGCAACGACUGGCUGCAAAACUGGCGAUUCGCGAUUUGAAGGAGUUAUUCGACAGCGCAGAAAUGGCGUACGCUCGGCUCUCGACGAAUAACAAUGAUGCUGCGGUUACUAGUGCGGAUCUUAAGGAUGUAUACCGCCGAUACGUCACCUUCACACGGCGGACUUUAGUAGCCGCUCGCAAGAUCUGGGCGCGAUUCGACGUACCUCUCAUCGUUCUUGGAUCUGUCGCAGUGACACUUGCAUUUGCGUCUGUAGUUGUGUAUGCAAAAGUGCAUUGGGCGUCCGAUGUCAGUCCAAUGUACUCUGUCAUUGGUCUUGGUGCGAUAUCUGGGAUCUUGUUGGUAGCGACAGGGGGUGUUCGUAAAUGGCUGGUUAGCCUCGAAGACACGGGUGAUUCCGCGCUCAAUCCAUACCACGAAACUGCAUUUGCUAUCUCGGCUGGUGUCUUGGGAACAUACUUGCUGUCGACCUUGGUGCAGUGUUGUUACAGAAUGACCAAGAGAGGGGUUUCUGCGAUCAUUUCCACGAACACUCUGCUCGGAUUAUUUCUCCUUGCUCUGCACACACUGGUUGCCGCUUCUGACAGCUUUACUAUCCAUGAAGAUGCAGUAACAGUCUACCUUUUACAGGCUUUCGGAUUCAUAAACCUUUUGUGGUCUUUCGGAUUGGACAGUGAUACCGCACGCGAUAGUCUUGUCAAAUAUUCCCUUAUAUUUAUGAUCUUGACCCGCAUCAGUCAAUUCUCCACAAUCUGUCGCGAAGAGCAACAUCCGUAUUGCAUUCCCACGUUCAACGCAACUCCGCACACAUCCGUAGCAUCCCCGUCCGCAGCCGUCCUGUUGUUUCUCAUGGUUCCAAUUGUCGCGCUGGCUAUCAGAAAGGUGAUGAAAGCCUCAGACAAUGCGGAAUCCACGGGGAAGAUUCUUCCUGGAAUUUUUAUUCCCAUUGGAAUGAUUGUUUCCGCAGUCUAUUGGGCUUUCGAUACCAUCGAUAAUCAUCAUAUUUUGUCGGGCUCAAAAUGGGAUAUGGCAGCGGUCAAAUUCUGGUGGGCUCGCGUUGGGUUUUUGGCAAUCAGCACUACCUGUCUGUUCGUUUGGACAAGCGACCCAAACUGUUUGGGUGUUGAUGUGAUACCCUCGGCUGCUGUGAACGCUCUAGGCGUAACGAACAAUGCGAGCGGUGGGAAAACAGUCUGUUUCCUUGGCAUUCCGAACGCAGUCGGUGCAUCAUACUUCGUGUUUUUAUCCGUGGUCUAUAUGAUCCUGACGAUGUUUCAAAAGCCAAUGGGGGGCAUCAUGCUUGGAGUAGGUUUCCUGCAAAUUAUAUGCCUUUUGGAGAUGCUCCACAUAUGGCGCGACAAGAGUAGUAAAAAGCGAAAUGCGGACAUUGCGCAUGGGCCAGAGGUCCCGGUAUCUGUGUCGACAUCGACGUCGUUACUCUCUUCGCCGCAAUCGAUGCCAGCGCCCAUACCUGCUCCUCUUCAGGGAUCCGUCGUUCAAAAAGAACAAGAAAAUGCAGAUUGGACAUUCCUGUAUUUGGUGGCAUUAUACUUACUAUCGUCACGAUUCUACUUCGCGACCGGCCAUCAGACGACACUUUCAACCAUCCAAUGGGACAUUGGCUACGUUGGGGUUAAGCAGCUUAACUGGACCAUCUCUCCACUUCUUGUGCUUCUGAAUACAUUUGCGGGAAAUGUGCUGUUUGCACUAGCCGCUCCGCUGUUGGCGGUCUGGAAGCGACCACUCACCCGCUCAACGCAAGACCAAGUCAACCGCGAGCUCGGUAGAGCAGUUCUAACUUAUUUUGGAAUGGUUUCCGCUACCACUGUCACCGCUACACUUUUUGCCGGGCAUUUUCGGCGCCAUCUUAUGGUGUGGAGGGUGUUUGCCCCCAAGUUUUUCUUCGAGGCGUUAGUGCUGGUAGUAGUUGAUGUUAUUUUGAUGAUUGGAGUAGUGGGGGUUUGGCUCCCAGUAAACGCAUAUAGGGACUUCUUAGUGAAGAUAAAGCAGCUGGGGAUUGUUCGCUAAGCAUCUACACUUUAUUUAUGGAAUAUGUGGUUAAGCCUUAUGCUACUUUACGGAUUUCCUUCGUGUUCUUCUCCUACAUCAAGCUCG